GGCCUACCCGCGAAGGGAGGGAAUGGCGCAUGCGGGCGUGUCUCCAGGGACUCCAGAGGCUCCAAGCCCUCUGCAGCUCCGGUAGGUUUGGCGUGCACGGAUUUCCGCAGAUCUGGAGCGAGCCUGCACGUUACAACACCGAUGCGUCGUUUCUUGCUUCUUUAAAUUGCCACCACGUAGGCUUCUACUGCAGAAAUUGCCUUAGACUCUUCAGAGCCGCGGGCAACGGGACGAUCUUGGUGACUUGAUUUGCACACCCCCAUCAGAUCUUCGUGCCCGAGUUGGACGCAGACGUGGGUUGUAGGAGAUUUCAUUUUCCCCAGCUUUGCAGCUACACUGUGGCCCCGUUAACUUCUAGAUUGGAAGCCCCAGGGGCUAAAAUUCAGAAAGGCAAUUACUCUUACCUCAUGAGGCUUCCAGAAGAGCAAUAGCGACAUGAUUCCACCUGCACCCCUAUAGAGAUUGGUCCCUCUGUCUUUCCUUCACAGUUGUGGCGUUUUAACCUUCUUGUGUUGCUUAAACCCCAAAAUGAGUGACCGAUACCUAGAACAAAGAAUUAGUAUCAAAUUUUGCGUGAAACUGAACAAAUCUGCAAGUGAGACUCACCAUCUUUUAAAAGAAGCUUACGGGGAUGAAGUCAUGUCAAGGGCCAGAGUUUUCGACUGGCACAAAAGGUUUAAAGAAGGACGCGAAGACAUUCGAGAUGAUGCCAGAAGUGGUCGUCCUGUCACCCACCGGACGGAUGAAAAUAUUAAGAAAGUCAAGGACUUGGUCUGUUCGAAUAGGCAGUUAACCGUGAGGAUGAUGGCCGAAGAGUUAAAUUUAGAUAAAGAAACUGUUAGGCUCAUUCUGAAAGAAAACUUGAAUAUGAGGAAAGUAUCUGCAAAAGUUAUAUCGGGUAUUUUGAAGGAUGAACCUAAACCUCGAAAACUUGACUUUUGCUCUCAUCUUUCAAAGGAAACUAGGAAAAACAGCUCAUGUGUGAGGGAAAAGGCAUGGAACAGGAGUGAAAAGGGCCUUUCCGAAAGGAGAAGGUGACCAGAAUCCCUACCGAAAUCCCAGCUGGCAUGAGAAGACACCAUGCAUGGCAUGUUCCUGUUACGUGGUCCUAGGGAGGUAAGGAACACAUACGGACCCAGUAUGUUCUGACAAAUGGAAAGGAUUUGAAGUACUCUCCUGGGUAAAAUUAACCUCAUUCUUGCAUUCUCUCAUACAAAAUGAAUAUUCUUGAGAGAUUUUAUUACAGCUGAUUCUCUGAAGAAUCCUUGAGCCAUCCAUAUAAUUUCUUUAGGACAGGAAUGAUUUUCCAUGUGCCAAGUCUACCUCCUCCCAUACUGGGACACUCAACAUGGAUGUGCACAAGAAUAUUGGAUAUGCCGCACGGAGAAUACCACACACAUAUUAAUAGUCAUCUUAAUGGUGUAACUUACAAACUCUAAGGCUUGCAAAUGUUUUUUGAUGGUGUCCAGAAUUACUGUGCGUUUAUUUAUAUCUGAAGAGUAAUCAUGUCAUGGUAUUUUCAAGUGAGAAAUGAUGUCAAUAAUGUAUAGAAGAAAUGUUGGGGAAGUGUGUCUUUCGUUGUUACUUUAGCAAAAUGUUUGUCAUUAAAAUGCCAAAUACA